AAAAGAGCUGUCAUUUCUUACUUACCAAAUAUAUAAAUUAUUUUCUGUCCUAUAAAAAAUAUAUAUGUCACUACUCCUUGUGUCAUUUACAUAAAAUUAAUGCUUAUUAUUCGCUAGCUUACAGAAAGGUGGUGCCUUGCCCCCUUGUGUUUCUCUGGUGCUUCUUCUCCUCCUUCUUGUGCAGUUCUUUUCUUUCCAUCUGUUGCUGUUUCUGUAUUAGACUCUGUUCCUUGUCUCCUGCAGAGGCUGUUUCUCCAUGAAGAUGCCAGUAAGUGGCAUUGCUCUUGCUGCUGGCACUAAUCAAUGCUAUUGGAAUUAAUGGAGAAAUGAGCAGUGGACUAUGUGAUUAUAAGCCUAGUUUAUACCCAAGACCACAUAGCGUUUCCAUUCUUGAGUUUGGUGCUGUUGGAGAUGGGAAAACAUUAAAUACCAUUGCUUUCCAGAAUGCUAUUUUCUAUCUCAAGUCCUUCGCUGACAAGGGAGGAGCUCAGCUUUACGUGCCACCAGGAAAAUGGCUUACUGGAAGUUUCAAUCUUACCAGUCAUCUCACACUCUUCCUUGAAAAAGGAGCUGUAAUUCUUGGAUCUCAGAAUCCAUCUCAUUGGGACGUUGUAGAACCCUUGCCGUCAUAUGGUCGUGGGAUUGAACUUCCUGGAAAAAGAUAUCGAAGUCUAAUAAAUGGAUAUAAGCUACGUGAUGUGGUGAUUACAGGUGAUAAUGGAACCAUUGAUGGCCAGGGCUCAGUUUGGUGGGAUUCGUUCAAUUCUCAUUCUUUGAACUACAGCCGGCCUCAUCUUGUGGAGUUUAUAGAAUCUGAACGUCUGGUGGUUUCAAAUCUUACCUUCUUGAAUGCUCCUGCUUAUAACAUUCAUCCAGUAUAUUGCAGUAAUGUUCUUGUUCAAAAUAUGUCGCUCUCUGCUCCUCCACAAUCCCCUUACACCAUCGGUAUAGUCCCAGAUUCUUCCAAUAACGUUUGCAUAGAGGACAGUAUUAUUGAAAUGGGUUACGAUGCAAUUGCUCUCAAGAGUGGCUGGGAUGAAUACGGCAUUUCCUAUGAUAGAGCUACUAGAGAUGUGCACAUAAGAAGGGUCCACAUUCAAUCAUCUUCAGGCUCUUCUAUUGCUUUUGGUAGUGAGAUGUCUGGUGGCAUUUCUGAUGUGCAUGUGGAGCAGGUCCACCUAUACAACUCAUUUAGUGGGAUUGAAUUUAGAACAACCAAGGGCAGAGGUGGUUAUAUUAAAGGAAUUUAUAUAUCAGAUAUUGAAAUGGAAAAUGUCAACUUAGCAUUUGGUGCCAUUGGCGAUCUUGGGUUACAUCCGGACGACAAUUUUGAUCCUAAUGCUCUCCCAGUUCUUGAUCAAAUCACGUUGCAAAAUGUAACUGGUGCAAACAUCACUAUAGCAGGAAAUUUCACUGGAAUUCAAGAAUCUCCCUUCACCUCCAUUUGUCUCUUUAACGUCUCCUUAACGGUUUCAGCAUCCACAACGUCUUGGAUAUGUUCAAGUGUUAUUGGCUUUUCAGAGUCUGUUUUCCCUGAACCAUGCCCUGAACUGAUGAACCCGUACUCAAAUUCCUCAGGUUGCUACUCCCUCCUGAUUUCUGAUGGUAAAUCAGCAAGCUUAUGAUACUAUUCCUUCACAGUAAAAUCACAUGGGGUAAAAUAUGGAUUCUUCUACAGUUUACUGUCUCUAAAGUGGGUAAGAUUCUUUCCAAUAAGACCCAUGUCUAGAGGAGUAUUUGUUGGUACCUUGGUUUUGCAUUCUCCCAUGUUGAAAUCUGCAGAUUAAUUAUUUGUACAGCUCCAUUUCUUCAUUCAUGUGUAAGAAAAUUUUUGGUAGUGAUCUGCAAAAAACCACAAGGACUCAGAUUAGCAUUACUAUUUAUAGUUUAUUCCUUUCUUGUUUAUAAUAAAGUUUGCAGCUGUAAAGUUCCAUUGUCAGAA